UUAUAUUAUAUCUUAUAGUUGGUAAUACUUCAUUUAUGAUUUUGAAAUUAUUUUUAAUUUGUUAGUUAAUAUCUAAAAUGUCUAAACUAGGAAAUAUUUGUAAAUAAAUAUACAUUAUUGUGCCAGAAAUUAGGCAUUUUAAGAAAGAUAUAAUAUUUAUCUUUUGUUUAAGUUAUUCAUUACAAUGUCAUCAAAAACAGAGGUUACAUUAGAACAUUUUUAUAUAUUUAAUGGUACAUAUGCAAAAAAAGAAGGAGAGGAAGAAAAAAAAAUACUUUAUUAUUAUCCAGAAAGAGAUUUAGAUAUUCAAAUUAAAAAUAUAGGUCUCAGUGAAGCAAUUAUUAAAUUUGCACAGUCAUUUAAUCCUGGGCAACCAUGUGAUUAUUGUCAUACACAUAAAACUCGUCAAAUUUAUUAUCAACCAGAACCAAAUUUUUGGAUGGUCAUGAUUGUCGGUGUACCAUAUAUAUGGAAAGAAAAAGAUGGUAAUAAAUACACAGAAUAUCAGUAUGAUGAAGUUUCUAGCAGUGUUUGUCAAGCUAUAUUAAAACAAGCAUAUGUUAUGUUUAGACUAUUUAUGGGAUCAUUUGAUACUAUUAUUAAUGAACCUGAAUGUGGUUCUAUAACAUUAUUAAAACAUAAACUUGAACAUUUUUAUUCAAGGUAUUUAAUGUCUUUAAAGUUAAAUAACAGUGAUAUUUUGGAUGUUUUCCAAGGUUUACAAUUUUUACCUCUUGAUAAAAUAACAUUUUUACGAGUUCAAUGCUUUAUGAAUCUUGUAGAAGCUAUGUUUUCUCAAGUAAAAUACACUGCAUUUCUUUAUAAUGAUCAAGUUGUAUGGAGUGGCUUAGAACCAGAAGAUAUGCAAGUAGUUUAUAAUUAUUUAGUAAGUACACUUUUACCAGCUCAUCUUGAGAAAGAACUUCAUGAAGGUUCAUUGCCCAGAAAUUCACCUUCACCAUUUACUACUAUUCAUUAUGGAAAAUUUGUUACUGGACCAUCUAGUAUUAAUGAACCAAGUUUAAUUGGAAAGUCUCCUAAAGUAUUUAUUAAUUAUUCUACAAAACCAAUCUCAUUAUAUUUGGUUGUUUAUAGAGCAUUAAGUGCUACAAUAUGCUUGUUUGUUGAUAGUAAAACAAGUUUGUUAAUAGAUUUCUUUAAAAGUCUUGAUAAUUUCCUUGGUCCACAAUUGACUACACUUGUUAGUUCUGUUGCAGAACAAUGUGCUAAACAUGUAAUAGUUUCUUCAGAAUCUUGCAAAUAUUUAUAUUUUAAUAAACUUAAUUUAGCUUACAAGAGUACAAUACAUCCAGAUAAUAGACGAUGUUCUAAUGUACUUACAACAUCUGAAGUAUUGAGAGUUAUUACUGAUAUAUAUAAUGAUACAAAUAAAUUAAAAGAAGCUGGAGAAAUUAUCAUAAAAACUAUGAGUGAUUAUUGGGUUGUUGGAAAGUUAUCAAAUUUAAGAGAAUUUUUCGUAGUUAUCCAACAAAAAAGUGCAAGUAUAAUGGAAAUAGAAGAUGAUGUUAAAAAACUUUGUGAAAAGGAAUUAAAAAGUAUAUUUUUCCAUUAAUAAAAAAGUCUAUUUAAAAGAUUUAUUGAGUAUAAAUAUUCAAUGAAUAUUUUAUAUAACGAC